AACAGAAAAUUUCCAUAAAAGACUAACGCUGAGAAACAUUGAACUACAAAUCCCAUGAGUCAUUGCGCGGCCGCCCUAAUGGCGUCAUCAGUGUGAGCGGGAGAAAGCGUUGCAGAAUCGCACCUAACGUUAAAGCUAAAACACAUCAGACACUCCGGUUGAUGUCAGGAUGGCAUCUGAUGAUGUGAGACAGCUCGCAGACUCAUUGGCUAAAACUCAAGUCACUGAAGGAGAACUGAGUUAUAAAGGACGAGGACUCAAACUGGACAAUGCACAGUCUGUGGAUGAGAUGGUAAAGGAGAUUGUGAAGUUUGAUGGUCUGCGGGCGCUCAGACUGGAGGGAAACACCGUUGGUGUGGAGGCUGCACAGACCAUCGCUAAAGCCCUGGAGAACAAGAAGGACCUACAGUGCUGUUACUGGAGCGAUAUGUUCACCGGCCGUCUGCGACCUGAAAUUCCACCUGCGCUGGUGUCUUUGGGUGAAGCGAUCGUCACGGCCGGCGCUCGGCUGAAGGUUCUGGACCUGAGCGAUAACGCUUUUGGACCUGAUGGAGUUAAAGGUAUUGAGAAGCUGCUGAAGAGCACCGCCUGCCACUCGCUGGAGGAACUGCGUCUGAACAACUGUGGAAUGGGCAUUGGUGGAGGAAAGAUUCUGGCGGAGGCUCUGACGGUGUGUCACAAGGAAUCGACUGCAGCCGGCGCUCCUCUGCGGUUGAAGGUGUUCAUCGCCGGCAGAAACCGACUGGAGAAUGAUGGAGCCACAGCGCUUGCGAAGGCGUUUCAGCUGAUUGGUAGUCUGGAGGAGGUGCACAUGCCCCAGAACGGAAUAAAUUACCCAGGAGUCUCUGCUUUAGCCACAGCUAUGAAGCACAAUCCUCAGUUGCGUGUCCUCAAUCUCAACGACAACACCUUCACCAAGAAAGGAGCUAUAGCCAUGGCCGAGGCACUGAAACACUUAAGGAAUGUGCAGGUGAUAAACUUUGGUGACUGUCUUGUACGUUCAGAAGGAGCUUUUGCCAUCGCAGAGACUGUGAAAGAUGGACUGCCACUGUUAAAGGAGUUGAAUCUUUCAUUUGGUGAAGUGACUGAAGACGCUGCUUUGGAGGUGGCUCGAUCAGUUCAACACAAAGAUCACUUAGAAAGACUCGACUUGAACGGUAACUGUUUAGGUGAAGAAGGUUGUGAUAAACUUCGAGAGCUCACAGAAAGCAUGAAGUUGGGUCAGAUACUCGGAUCUCUGAGUGAUGAUGAGGGAGAACCUGAGGAAGAUGAAGAAGAUAGUGAGGAUGAAGAUUUGGAGGAGGAAGAAGAAGAAGAGGAGGACGGAGAGGAGGAGGAAACACACAAUGAAUCAGAUCUGUUUCAAACUCCUCCGUCAGCACCUCGACCACCAGAUGUCUCCUCUUUUCUCAGUUUUCCAUCUCCAGACAAACUCCUGCGACUCGGAGAAAAGAGAAGCACACUUAUUCAGCAGCAGGUGGAUGUUCAGGAUGUAAACAGGAUAGCAGAAGUGUUUCUGAAGAUCUCAUCCGUAUAUAAAGAGGAUGAUGUUCAGGUGAAAUCAGCUGUACUGGAGAGUAUCGAUGCUGUGAUGAAGAAAGCUUUCUCCACACCUUCAUUCCAGCCCUUGAUUUUUGUCUCCUCAUUGCUGGUGAUGCUCGGACUGCUGAAGAGUGAAGAUAAGUUAAAGCCGGUGAGGGUUGUAUCAGGACAUCUACAGUGUUUGGAGCAUGCAGUAAAACAGAGUUAUUUCCCUAAAGAGCACAUCACAGUUCUCAAUGCUUUCAUGUCCAGACAGAAUAAAUCACUGGAGUCAUGCGGCAGCGCUCGAGAUCGACUGAAAUCCACACUACAGAAACUCACAGCAGAGAGCUAAACACACAAUCACACACACAAACAAUUAUACACACAAUAAUGAUUGUGAACACAUUUCUGUAUUCUUCUGUAUUUUAAGCUGAAAUGAUUUCAUAGUAAUGUUAUCAGAUUUUCACGUGUUUAUUACCUCAUCUGACUCCUGCCGCCUUAUGCGUUGACUCCAUUCAUUGUGGAAAACACAUUUACAAACAGUAAAAGAUCUUUGGAAAAAGUAAAA